AUGAUAUUCCCAUCCUCGCUACUGCUAAGUUUGAUCCCUAUAGUUGCAGGAGGUGCUUGUAGAGGAGAGGGAUUGCCCUGUGAAACCGUGUACCACACGGUAACAUGCUCUGAGCAGGACAGCAAUGUGGAACAGUGUGCUGCUGCCCUUGGGACAUGCGAGACUGUUUGCGAGAGGAUCAGUGUCGCUGCAUAUGACUCUCCCUGCUUGUGCAAUGAAGACUUUCAGGGGUGUGAUGGUGACACCUGCGACUAUGAGAUUUCCUGUGUUGGGACAAUUAACUGUGCUGCUUUCGAAAAUGCAGUCCAUUGCUCUGUUACCAGAGGCUGCAAGUGGGACCCAUCCGCUGAACAAAUCACCAAUGCAGCUCCUUCUCCAACACUUCCUCCUGCCGGGCGUUCGGAAGCCAUUCAACAGUACCUGGUUGAUCAAGGAAUUUCCACUCGGGCUGCUCUUGAAAUGACUGGAUCACCUCAAAACUAUGCACUGCUCUUUAUGGCUGUCAAUGAUGAUUUGAGGCUGGAACCUCCCCAGGGGGGCAUCAAUACUACAGCUGGCUAUGAAUUUGUCGUUCGGUAUGCCUUGUCAGUACUCUUCUACUCCACCUUGGGACAACGAAUAUGGGCAUUUGGUUUGAAUUUCUUGGAGCCGACCUCUGUUUGUGACUGGCAUCAAGUUUUAGUAUAUUUAGACAACAGCACAGAAUUCAGAGGUGUUAGUUGUGACCUGAGUUCAGGUCAUCCUGUUGCUCUGUUUCUCAAUCAAAACAACAUGGGAGGCUCAUUACCAGGAGAACUUGGCUUUGUUACCACCCUAAGAGAAAUCGACCUAGACUUCAACAAUAUUGGUGGCACUAUUCCCAAUUCUUACCAGCAAAUGACAAACAUGGUAGAUUUCUUCGCAGCUGGCAAUCGUCUUGAAGGACCCAUCCCAGCCUGGAUAGGCAAUAUCACAACCUUGGAAAACAUCAACUUGAGCACCAACUACAUGACUGGUGAACUUCCCCUUUCUUUGGGCAACUUGGCGAACCUGGAAGGGUUGGCCCUGGAUAACAAUCUCUUCUCAUCAAAUGUCGAAGAUGUCUUUGAUUCUUCAAUGGUGCCUGGCUUAAGAAACUUGACACAGUUCUACUUGGAGAACAACCAGUUGACGGGGACUCUGGGAGACCAUUUUUUGCGAGAAAUGACAAAACUAGAGUAUCUUGAUAUCUCGGACAACUACAUUGCUGCAAGUAUCCCCUUACAAUUGUUCACUCUGCCAGCUUUGAAGGUCUUGGACUUGCAUGACAAUGACUUUACAAGUAUGCCAACUUUCUUCCAAGAAAACAGCAACUUGCAACUCUUGGCCAUGCAGAAAAACCAGCUUGCGGGAAAUCCUGUUCCCACAUCAAUCAAUGAGCUCAAAGGAUUGCAUCACCUGGAUCUUUCUCAGAACUUUUUUACUGGUGACAUCCCCUCAUCGAUUGGAGAUAUGACCAAUUUGACAUACCUCUUCUUGGCUCAGAAUGACUUUGAAGCCAACAGCAUCCCCUACUGGAUCGAAGGGUUGACAAAUCUGCAGGAGCUUUCUCUGAAGGACACACAACGGACCGGUACCAUUCCUGACUUUUUGGGUGGCCUGAAAGGAAUGUUGUUGCUGGAUCUGGACAAAAACAACCUGAUGGGAACCAUUCCUGUUUCACUAGGAGAUCUGGAGAAUCUAAGCAUCUUGCUAUUGAAUAGGAACAAUCUGACCAGUUUGAUCCCCGACACCUUCUCCAGUCUAAGUAGUCUGAAACUCCUCUAUAUCGACGCCAACGACAACGUUCAAGGUGACCUGGAUGUUUUGUUUUGUGCCAACCCCACCUUUGUGGCCAAACCAGUCAUUGUUGCAUCUUGUGAUAUCUGCGAUGAUUUUCCUGGUUGUUGCGCCCUUUGCUGCGAGGGGUCAACCGAGUGUAACACGGCAAUUCAUGUUCCAGAUCUUGAUCCCAUUUGGCAGCUUGGCUACAACCGUGUCUUUUUCACAUUUGGCAGAGAAGAUUACCUGGACAAGAACCGUGAUCCAAAUGAACGCUGGUAA